GUUGUGGCAGCGAUCUUACAAUAAGCUCUCCGAGUGCAACCUGUUACUCAAGUCCUGUUGUCAGAAACAAGAAGAGGACUUCAGGACAGAGCCAAAGGGCAGGGUUAACUAACUCUGUGAAAAGAGCCUGUAGUUCUGCAGAGUCCCUGUCUGCAGCACCACCAACACCAGUCAGCAGCAGAGGAUGGCCAUAUGAAUCACCCCUGAGGCCUGCAGUACAUGGUGACUUAGCUGAUUCUAAAAAACCAACAUCUCCUGUGUCCAAAAGAGAAACAAAUAAUAUAGCAGAAGAUGCUGAAGCACUGUGCAGAAGCCUGGCCGAGUCUUCGGACACGGAGGAUGAUCACGGGGCUGUCGGAUCACCUCUUCUUGUGGAAAAACCGAAAGGAUCUCCUGUACAUACAUUGCAUUCUGAUGACCAAAAUAGUCCUCCUGGUGCAGCGAAGAGCCACGUGGAAGUUGAAAAUUUGGAAGGACCUCAGGGUGGGAGAGAUGAGCAGGUUGUUCUGCAAGGAACAGAAGGUACUGCUACGUCUUCCGUAAGGAAAGAGAAGGCUGCCUCUUCUGUCAUCCUGGAAGCUGUAACGACAGGAAUGCUUAGAAAAAGGUAUUCAUUCACACUAUCGCCGCCGUCACCUCUUCCUGUGAAAGAUCAAGAUAAAGAAGUAGAAAGUGAAUGUGAAUUUUCGUUUGAUGAACCAGAUGAUGCAUGUUUUAAUGCUUGGUUUUCAAUACCCCGUAAGAACAAAAACUCAAAGAAAGAUGGCUCUGCAACUCCUGUUUCUAAACCGCAGCCCUCUGAAAAGAAGACAACAGGGAGUAAGAAAGGCAAGAACAGAAAAGCACAGGUUGAAGCACUUAUUGAACAGAAAAUGGAUGAUUUGGAUGUCAGAGUACUGGACUUCAAAGGAACAUCAGAAUCAGAUCCAGUCUCUAACGGUAAAGGGAAGGUCCUUAAAUCUCAAAGGCAAACCAGGACUCACACGGGAAAAAAGACUAAAAAGGAUGUGCUCAGGCAAGGCUCUCCAGCCCAGAAAAAGGAUGCGUCCUGGCACCGAGAAGCUGAAAAGCUGAUGUUGGUGUGGUCUGGGUCGGAAACAGAAGCACCCGAUGCAGAACAAUGUAAAACGAGCGUGACGCCAAGAGAGGAUGUGCCUGUGCCCUCGGCUGGGCGUCGGCAACAGCAGACUGUCUCUCUGAAAAAGAGUCCCAGGUAUCUGCAGUCGGCUUCAAGAGCUUCUCAGAAUUUAGGGCACAAGAAACAAAGUCCUAAGCAGAAAGGUCUGAAAGAUACGGUACCCAAAAGACUGGCGGAGAGUCCGAGGAAGAAGCUUAAGAAGUCUGCCCAGAAAAGUAGUACUAAAAAGCCUCAGUUACGAAGAGUGGAGAGUUCUGACAGCGAACCUGGUGAAGAAGAACUUGGAAGAGAGCCUGUAGAAUCCAAUGAAGUGUUUUCCUCGCCUCUGCAUCAGAAAUUAGGGACUUCGGUGGUUCAGAAGUUGGCUAAGUCUGAAAAGCCUAAGAAAACCCCCGUAUCGCACACACUGGAGUCACGUGGUGGUGCACAAAACAAAACUCCUGUAAAAGCCCUACAGCAUCUCGCCGGCAGCGUGAAGGGUUCCAAAAAGAAACACUUGGCAGCCAAGUUUUCAGGGAAGGCACCCAAAAAGGUUCAUCGCAUUUGCUCAAACCCUGAGGACACUGAGUCUGAUUCUGACAGCCCUUCUGCACAAGGCACGGCAAGAAAGAAACAGAAGUUAUCAGAAGUGAAAACAGCAACCAAGAAAAGAAAAUGCAACGCGGAACGUGGGCCACAAGAUUCCUUUGCCGCUGAGAAGCGUGUGAGUCAUGAAAGUGGGCCUGUUCUGGAGCAUUGUGAUAGAUCUGCUUCCAGAAGGAAGUCUGGUGAACAGGAUAAUACAUCUUCAGGUACUUCUGAAGACUCGUACUUCCAAAUGAGAGACCUGUUGUCAGACGACGUCGCAAGGCAUAAAAUAGUAAUGCCCUCCAACACGCCCAAUGUUCGUCGGACAAAAAGGAUACGACUAAGACCUCUGGAGUAUUGGCGAGGCGAGCGGGUAAACUAUACGAUGAGGCCUUCAGGAGGGCUUAUGAUUAGUGGAAUAUUGAGUCCGAAACCACAACCUCACAGGAAAAUUAGACAGAGGAAGGAUGUUCACAAGCAGAAAGAUGACAUAAGUGGUGAGCUACCUGCAGAUCUGGAUCACACCCUAGCUGAUGCUUCGCAGCCAACCACUGUGCUGGACCCAGUAACAAACGAGGAAGUCCUUCUGGAAUGCGUUAACACGGAAAGCAAGCACUCCUGCUUCUUCAAAGAUGACUCAAUAGAAAUAUAUAAACAUUUGAAUACCUCUGCUUUUGCCACUGGCAGAUUGAUUUUGAAACCAUUUAAAGAAAAGGGACACCAGUUUGUGCACAUGGAUACAAUAGCUUUCCAUAUCACCCGCGGCACGGUUAUCGUUACCUUACACAAGACGUCGUACUGCCUGACUGCAGGGGACUACUUCUACGUUCCAGCAGGAAAUGGAUAUAACAUACGUAAUGUGUUGAACCAAGAAAGUGUUCUUCUCUUCACGCAACUCAAAGACAG